AUGAACGACAUGUUCGCACCCAUACCAAAGCGAAGCCAUUCUCGUGCACCGAGUGUGGUCAGCACUUUGGCAGAGUACUCACUAUCACGUCAUUAUACCACAAUCCAUCAGCGCACCCUCGAGGGUAAGGAUCGCACAGAUGAUCGCCGUCGGAUAGCUAAAGCGUGCAAACCGUGCAACAUUUCAAAGGUUCGGUGUGAUGGGGAACAACCGUGUCAUCGUUGCCGAAAUAACGGCACAGACUGUUAUUAUGAAGCUUCUCAAAAGCGCAAAAUCUUGGAAACCCCGGCUACGACAAAUACCUCGUCGAAAAGGCUUUUGGCUGAAUCUCCUUUCCAGCAUGUUGAGGAUUACGGCCAAUCAGCCCGGAAGAAAGCAAAUGUUGCUGUAGCGGAAGCACCCACUGCCCAACCAGGCCAGGGCCAUGUAACAUCUACAGCAUUUGAAAGCAUGUCUGAUAAUGGGACAUUUGGGGAUACACCAUCUACGAUAUACGAGGGCUUUCAACCGUUCAAUUCAGAAGGAACAGAGCUGGAGAACCUUUCGGAUUUUGACCUGGACAUGAACUUUUUCCCGAGCUUGUUUGACUUCAAUCCAGGAGUCGAGCGAUCCGAUAGUCUUUGGCCGGCACUGAAAGAGCCUGAACGGCAUGCGACUGUGACCCCUGUAUCUCCCACGCCCUUGACUCCCGCUGAGGUGGCUGAAAUUUACAACCGCAGUCUUUCACCGACCUUGGAAGGAGAAGCUAUGGAACCGCGGCAAUACAAGCCUAGUUCUAUCAAUCUCGAUGCCCAGUUGUCAUUCCCUGAUAUGGAACACAUCCCCAUGGAGGAAGUGGAUCAAGAGAACCUGGCGCAUGUCCCUGAAAUCUCGAAUAUUGUCGUCGGCCAGAUGGCCCAGUUGGCAUUGACAAUCCAAACGACAUCAACUUUUCCAAGCUUUGUUGAGUUGAGGAUGCCGCCUUCCCAUGUAAUCAAUGCUUGGGUGCAGCUCUACUUCGAACAUUUUCACCCAGUAUUUCCUUUCCUACACAAGCCGUCCUUUGGAACCUCGGACACACAUUGGCUGCUCAUAUUUGCUGUUAGCGCCAUUGGGGCUCAAUUUUCCGGGUUGCCCCAAUCGCAAGCUUGUUCAAGGGCGAUGAAUGAGAUCGUCCGGCGGUCGACAUCAUAUCUGUGUGAAAAUCGUAAUCAAAAUGGCCGUGAGCUCUGGUUGACUCAGGUCAUCUUGCUUAAUCAAUUGGCCUUACGGUAUUCUGGGGAACGAAGGGCUCUUGAAAUCGCUGAAUUGUUGCAAGCACUUCCUGUAACUUUGGCUCGUCGGAAACGCUUAUUCACGAACUAUCUACCUCAUGAAAGGGUAUCUCAUCUUGACCUACCGCUGGACCAGAAAUGGCAGAUCUGGACUCUUGACGAAGAGAGGCGGCGAACUGGCUUUGCAAUCUGGUUGAUCGAUUCAGCUUUUGAAACCGACUUUGACCUCACCUCUGUGAUGAGAGUCCACGAGAUGCAAAACUCCUUGCCUCAAGAGGAAAAGCCAUGGCUGGCAUCCACUGCACAAGCCUGGGCUGGCUUUCCAGCUCGCAUGGCAACCAAGUCCCCGCAGACUCUGCUUCAGCUAGUAUCUAAUGCAAGCUGUACUGCAAUAUGGAAUAAGACAGGAGUGCUCGGGAAAAGCGCCAUCUUACAGCAAUUAUUUCAUACAAUUCAAAAGAACCGCCUCCAGACGUUAUACUCUGCCUCUUAUGUCUCGGUUGUGGAUUGCACGGCAGCUGUAGAUGCACUACGGCAAAUCCUUAUACUAACAUAUCACCAAAGGCAAGAGCUUCCCAUGAACGAAAUGAAGGCUCUUAGCGCUCAUCGGAUCAUCAUUCUCUCCGCGUUGAUGAUGAACGAUCUACCGAAAAUUCCUUUGUUGUCGACCGUGUUGAAAGUCAAAUACAAGCGAUACAGCAAUUCAGACUUGGGUCAACUAGAAAGGGACUGGAGCUCAUCCCCCCAGAAGACAAGGCAAGCUAUUGUGUAUGCGGCAGACUUGUUUGAAACUGUCCGAUCUACCAACUGCACGCAUUACUCCACUCCAGUGCUUCUGUUCCAAGCUGCAUUAGUUUUGUGGCUAUAUUCUGUUAUUUUGGGCCAGCCACAGGACUAUUCCGACACGACCUCUGUUGUCAUAGGGACAUCAAACCAGGGUAAUGAGAAACAGACCCAGUGGAUUGAGACCGGUCGAGGGCGCAUCAAAAUGUCAGGAGUUGGAAAUAUCUCGUCUCCAUCAGGUCUGGGAAAGCUCCUGGACGAAUCAAUUUCCGUGAUGAGGACACUCAGGUGGUGGGGGAUCAGCAAGAUUUAUGAACAACUUUUGGUUCGACUACGCGCAACCCAAAAACACCCCGCAGAGUUAGAAAAGGACAACCUUCACACGAGAUAA